UCUCUCUCGGUAGACGAUGUUUCGAUUACGGCUAAGCAGGUAUCUAUGCUACCUGCUUAUACUGCCGUUCUUCCUUGCUCUCAUGACCCCUGCGAAUUCGCCGCCCAGUUCCGAUAUCCCCUGGAUUCCUCGAUUCUGCAAGAGCUUCGUCCAGUCCGGCUGCGGCGACCAGUGAAAAUACUGCGCAUGUCAUUUACCGGCGAUCAAUCUGAGCUCCAACGCGCUCAGCACCACCUCGAUCACGUUGGGAGAUUGGAGCGACUGGAGUGAUUUCUGCCCACCCAGCUAUCUACUGGACACCUUCACACCCAUUCUCCACCGUCCCAACCUCACCACCGUGGAACUGGCCAAGAUCUGGGUGGCGCCCAACGAUCGGUCUUCCCGUCGCCGGUUUUUUAGUCUAUCUGCAAUCGACGCUCAGAGAUUUGGAAUUGUUGGACGUCUAUUUGCCCACGAUCACACAGGACACCUUUGCCCGGUUCGUGGCGCUUCAGCGACUGCAUUUAGGGGCCAACCGGAUGUCAGCUAUCGAGGCUAACGCCUUCUCUGCCCUGGGGGAGCGGUCGGGAUCAGCCGUACCGGAGCUGAAUGCGCUUAGUAUCAACGCCAAUAAUAUCACAACGCUAGAUUGGUCGGCAUUUCAACCGCUGAUGGGCAGCGUCAAGAUGAUUGACCUGUACAACAACAACAUCCAGCGCAUUUUCCUCAGCCGUGCCUAUGAGGUGCACGGCCUGCAGACAAUCAACCUGAUUAACAACUUCAACCUGAGCGACGUGGACGACCGCUUCCUGCACAGCGUCUCCCCGCACACCGGUCGGCCGAAAUUGUAUAUGACUCAGACACCUCUAUGUUCGUCCCCUACCCUAUGCCAGCGAAUCCUCAGCAUUCACGGCCCGCUUGGCGGUGGGUGCUGCGAGAAGGUCACCGACGCCGACAACCGGAGCUCACGGAAGCGGGAAUGAUGUAAUCUAAUGUAAGCGGUUGACUCGGGUUGAAGUGAUAUGGCCGAGGGUUCUGAAUCCGCUCACCAUCAGCGCAGCAUCAUCGGCUAGAUUUCUAAGAAUGCUGAUUUAUGAGAUCUAUAGGAUUUUAGUUUCAGUUUUCCUUUCCGACGCACGCGUAAUAUGUAAACCUGAAAGGCUUUGCUGAUUACAGUUAGCAGUUCUAAAACAGUUUGGUGAGCUUACAUCCUUGUCCGAACUAUACACAACACAGCCGUAAGCUUCUUCAAAGCGCUAGAUUACCGCCAAAGUAACCAAAUUAGUAUUUGACGGCGCCCCGACGAACCGUUCCAUGUCGCCGACCUUCAAGACAAUCUGCAGGCGACGCCGCCGACUCAUCUGCUGACCGAAAUACUCGAACUGUACUUGACCGAGCAGACGCAGUAGUGUAGGCUCUUCUGUUAAAAACUAUAUUCAAAGGAAUCACAGCAUACUUUCUUUAAAGGAAUCUUGCAAAAAAAAUUGUAAAUUGUAAUUAUAGUAUAUUUUCUGGUAAACUGAUGGUUGAAAUUAGUUUCG